AUUUGAAUAAAACUUAAAUGACUUAUGUUUGUAAAUUGUUGAUUACUUGUCGUCAUAACUGAUUUAUUAUAGAGACAGUAUUCAAACAGAUAAAGACAAUGUCUGGCAAUAAUCGUAAACGUCGAGAGGAUAUAUACAAAGGCCCCCGGAAAGUAACCAUUAAGAAAACCGACACUGGGUUUGGUUUUAAUGUGAGAGGACAAGUUAGUGAAGGAGGCCAACUGAAAAGCAUCAAUGGCGUGCUAUAUGCACCUCUACAACAUGUGAGUGCUAUAUUAGAGAAUGGAUCUGCAGAAAUGGCAGGUGUAAGGCCUGGUGACCGGAUUUUAGAAGUCAACGGUGAGAGUGUGGAAGGUUCCACUCAUCGUCAAGUGGUUGAGUUAAUCAAAGCUGGUGGAAAUGAGCUUCGAAUGACUGUGAUAUCUGUUCCUGCAAAAGAUGCGCAACGUCUUGAUCCAGAUGAUGAUUUCUUCUAUGAUUAUGAUGAUAUUCGAAGGAUAGAGAUUGAUAUUCCAGAAUAUGAACAUGUAGAAGAGGAAGGAAGCAAAUUUGUUGUAUAUUGCAUUCAUCUAAAAGGCAAAUUAGUUAUGAAGCGGCGAUACAGUGAGUUCCUUCUCAUGUACGAGGAACUGAUGAAAAUUUUUGUUGAGUUUGAUUACCCAAAAUUUCCGAGCAAAAAGUUGUUUCAACUAUCAGAACAACAACUUGAAAGAAGGAGGUCAAUGUUGGAGACUUUCAUACAAGAAACUUUCAAGCGACGAGUGAUACAGGAAUGUGAUAUCGUGAUGGAUUUCCUUAAGAUUGAAUCUUUUGACAAUGAGCCAGAUAACAACGAACCUGAAACUCAUGAUUAUAAUGCAGAUGAAGAACUGGGUGAAGUGACGAAACCGAAGUUUGAAAAAAUUGAAAAACCCCAGACAUCUCAGAAUAAAGUAAAUGGAAUAUCGGAACAAGUUAAAGAGAAAUCUGAUGAUAUUGAUAUAAAUCUUCCAAACCAAAGCUCUGUGUCGUGUAAAAAACAUCUCACAACUGAAGAAACAUUAAAAGAAGUUGUUGGUUCAUUGGAUCUCCCUGACAACCUUCUGCCUUUUUUCUGUUUAUUUGUGAGAAAAGAAAGAAAUUUCUAUUGCCGUUUGCGAUCAGAUGAGAGCCUUGCUAAACAUGCAAAGAUGGCUUCAUCCAAACACAAAAGAGCCCACUUUGCUGUUCGGAAGUGGAUUUUUAACAAAGCUCAGGAAAAAGCCUUACUUGCAAGGAAUGAAGAACUUUUAAUACUUCUGUACAAUCAAGCUGUAAACGAUGUAAAGGAAAAUCGAAUCCAAGUUACAUCACGUGUUGCGUCGCAACUUGCUAUGAUGUCAUCAAUGAACCAGUAUCUUGAGCUAGUAAACGACUCGCCCACAUACGGUUGUGUCAUCUUCCCCCACUGCUCAUGUGAUUCACGAAAACGAGGUCAUGUGAUAGUGAAUAUCUCAUAUGAAGCUUUCAAAUUAUUUGCAUGCACUGAAGAUGGUGAAUUGGAGAGUCAAGUUAUCGAAUUUGAGUGGUCAGAGAUGAAGGAUUGGGAGGUGAGGAAGAGCACGGAAGAUGAUGAGAAGAUCUCUUUUUGCUUCCAAUACCAACGUGGCGAGAAAAAAGCAAGAUGGGUGAAAAUAUUCACAACCUAUGAGGAUUAUAUGUUCGAUUGCUUCAGCCGAGUGAUGACAGAACGAAAAUGGGAAGAAGAACUUACCAGCAAUCCUGCCAAGAAAUCUCCGAAUAAUCCGUUCAUUAAAGAAGGAAUUACAACAGUGCAAAGUAAUGAUGAUGGUGAUCUAUGAGCUUUGACCACACAGCAAAACUCGUCCUGGACCAACUUGAGGGUCAGGCCUGAUUUUGUUGACAUGAUUUUAAACAUUUUGACUUUCAGUCGUAGGUUGUUGAGUUAAGUCCUUUGAUUUUUGCAAAAUUUGUAUAAACUUCAUAAGUAUAUAAAUAUAUAAUUAUCAUUCGUUUUUAAACUGGUUAUUGUUUGUAAUUGUAUAAUGAUCCUGCAUUUCAAUGCAAACGUAUUAGACUGAGUGAUUUGUUUUAUUCAGCAAUAAUAUAAUUUUCCAUUUUUUAUUAAGCUGUUAUUACUAUGAAUAUAAAGACAUAGUGUUACUUACACCUAUGUUGGGUAACUUAUGGUUAAUUACACAACAUACAUGACGCAGUCAAGGGCAAUUUUAAUUCAGCUGGCAACCAUAAGCCCAUGUUUUCUGGCUGCAACACUGGUAAUAUAUCAGACUGGGAUAAAUAUAUAGCAGUUAUUUAAAAAGUAUAUAUAUAUCUUCCCAAAGUGUUGGAUCCUGGAUGAUUCCACUGAUUUUUGUGAAGGUGUUAAAAUUAUUUCACAUUUCUUUUCUUGCAUUUACCAGUAUACCUGGUGCUGAUGUUCCAUAUGUAAGUAAUUCAUUUUUCUCAUAUUUCCCAUUUCUUGUAUCUUGUGCAAUGACAAUAAUAAAUAUUGAGUAUAACCAA